GUUGAAUCCAAUGGAUUCCCAUCAAACUUGACGGACGGCUUGACUGAGAUCCGAGUUGCACACCCAACACCAUCCGUGACAGGAUAGAUAGCCUUUACGCGGUCUCCACCAUGAGCUCCAUCCUACCCGCCCUCCCAAAACUUGGCGUGGAAAGUCUCCCUCCUGGUUUAGAUGCAAAGAGUAUUGCAUACGACUGGUUCGCGUCAUUCUCACAGCACGCAGAAGCCGGCAAUGUCGACGGUGUACUGAAUCUGCUCACGGACGAUGCUUACUGGAGAGAUCUUCUCGUUCUCACCUGUGAUUUUCGUACAUUCUCAGGUGUUCCCAAGAUCAAACAAUUUCUCACCGAUAGACUACGACAAUCUAAGCUGCAAUCGUUCAAGAUAAGAGACGAAUAUCUCGGUCUCCAACGUCCCUACCCCGACAUUGCAUGGAUCCAAUUCUUAUUUGACUUCGAGUCUGGCGAUUUAAGCAAUGCUUCGGGUGUUGUCCGUUUAGUUCCUCAGGCCGAUGGAAGCUGGAAAGGCCACUGCAUCCUGACCAAUCUUGAAAGUCUGAAAGGCUUCCCGGAGAAGAAAGGUCCUCUGCGUGAUCCAGAACCGAAUCAUGGUUUAUGGACCGAAGAGCGUAAUCGCGAGGCAGCGUUCGAAGACUCAGACCCGACUGUGUUGAUCGUCGGUGGUGGGCAGGGCGGCCUGGUAACUGCUGUACGAUUGAAAGCCCUGGGUAUUUCCUGUCUUGUAGUUGAGAAACAUCCCCGGGUUGGUGAUAACUGGAGGACGCGUUACGACGCAUUAUGCUUGCAUGACCCGGUUUGGUAUGACCACCUACCUUUCAUUCCAUUCCCGAGCACUUGGCCUGUAUACACGCCUGCAAAGAAGCUCGCCAACUGGUUAGAAGGCUACGCCGACGCCAUGGAGGUAAACAUUUGGACAUCUUCAACGGUGGUCAGCGCUCUUCCAGACGCUGAUAACAAAUGGAUUGUCAAAGUUCAACGCAGUAGUGGAGAAGAGCGUGUCUUCAAGGUCAAUCAUGUCGUUUUGGCUACUGGUUUUGCAGGUGGUACUGGAAAUGUACCCCACUACCCUGGCAUGGAUAAAUUUAGAGGCCAGAUCUUGCACUCUCUUGAGCACGGAAAGGCUGAGGAUCAUAUUGGCAAGAAGGUUGUUGUCAUCGGAUCGUGUACUUCUGCCCACGAUAUCUGCGUUGACUACUACAAUCAUGGUGUCGACGUGACGAUGUUCCAGAGAAGCUCCACAUGUGUAAUGUCUACAAAGCACGGCAUUAAAACAUUAAUGGAAGGACUUUACGAAGAAAAUGGUCCCCCUACAGAGGUUGCUGAUAUUAUCAAUGCGUCCUUCCCCAAUCUUCUCAUGGAGGGGAUUGGUUUCAGGCAAAUGCGCAAAAUAGUGGAGCUGGACAGAGACAUUCUUGAAGGCCUCAAAGCACGAGGUUUCAGAACCAAUUUAGGAUACAAAGAUGCAGGCGUUCUUCUGUUGGCUUGGGCCAAGGCUGGAGGCUAUUAUCUAGAUGUCGGUGCCAGCCAGAUGAUCAUUGACGGCAAGAUCAAACUCAAAAACGAUAGUCAAAUCGAACGGUUCACAGAGACUGGACUGCUCUUUGAAGACGGAAGUCAAUUAAUGGCGGACGUUGUCCUCUUUGCAACAGGACUAGGCGACACUCGAGGCGGAGUUGUGAGCCUCUGCGGAGAUGAUGUUGGUCGGAGAUGUGGCCCCGUCUGGGGUAUGGACGAAGAAGGGGAAAUUAAUGGUAUAUGGCGAGAGCCUGGUAUUCCGGGUUUGUGGCCAGUGAUGGGUAAUCUUGCGAUGUGCCGGUUCUAUUCUAAGCAUUUGGCUAUGCAGAUCAAGUUGAUUGAAGAAGGAUUAUUCACAGGAAGGUAUAGUCACGCAUGAAACAUUGUUGUAAGAUACCACGUUCCAACAUACACGCUGAAACUAUUAUUAUUUUUGCUAUCCGUUCACCUUCGGAAAUGCAGACCGGCACAAUAGGAUACGCGCCGCCAUUCGGAGAGAAUACUGGUAAUCACGUAAACAACCCUCGGGUAGCUAUUGCCCGGCCUUGCUCUGGUAUAUUCUCCAUAUUUACCUCGUCUCCCCAUCCCCGCAUCAAAGCACAAUCUCCGAGGGGUCUCAAAGGAUGUGAAAUCGGCCUGGAUGUAAGACUCGCCCCAAAGUGACACAACGAAGCAGCACUUGAAGAGGCAUGGCAGCUGGAAGGACUGCGCUUUGUGCACCUAUCUCCGAGUAUCUUCAAGCGCCUUGUGCCUGCCGUUGUCUGAGUGCCAGCCUUAAACUUGUCGAA